AUGUCCCACCCCUCCCCUGGGCGGGGCCAACACCGAGGAACCCGGAUUCCCAACCCCUCCUCUCCCCCUCCCCCUCCCCCCCGCCGCGCCCCACCUCCCGGGCUUCUCCGAGGAGACGCCGACGACAGGGGGCGGGGUGGGGGUGGGGGUGGGGUCGUCUACGCGGGGCCACGCAGGCGCCGCUUUACGGCAGGGGUGGGCGUGGGGCGCCGUCGAGUCCCGCCGGCCCCCGCGCAAGGUUCAGAGCUGACCGGGUUUUUCCCGCCGGAGCGUGGCCUCAGCCAGAGGAGGCAGAGCGGAAGGAAAGGAGGAGGAGGGAAAUCGGGGACGUCGGUCAUCUCCAGGCGCUGGUGUUCUGGAGGAGGCAGAGCGGAAGGAAAGGAGGAGGAGGGAAAUCGGGGACGUCGGUCAUCUCCAGGCGCUGGUGUUCUGGAGUCUAUUUCACCAUAG